GGCCACCGGAGGCGUUGCUGCCCAUUUGGACUAUGAGAUGGAUCAGAUGUCCGACUUCGUGGCGGAGAUGGCCCAGGGAAUCGUGUACCCAGGAUCGUCUGUCCCACCCCAAUUCCGGAAAUACGUCUUUCAGAUCCUGUCCUCGACCCGCCUGCCAAGCUCCACGAUCCUCUUGGGUCUCUACUACUUGGCCAGUCGGAUGCGUAUGCUCUCUUCCGCCAAGGUGUACUCUUCGGGUAGUGGCCAGGUUUACCGCAUGCUCACCGUUGGACUCCUUUUGGGUUCCAAGUUUUUGGAUGACAACACCUUCCAGAACAAGUCGUGGGCUGAAGUGAGCAACAUCCCCGUCGCCGAGUUGAACUCCAUGGAGCUUGAAUGGCUGUUUGCCUUUGAGUGGAAGAUCCACGACCGUAUCUACGAGGAUCAGGAUGGAUUUGCGUCGUGGCUCAGCCACUGGGAAACCUGGCGGACCAAGGCUACCGCGCGGGCUCACGGAACCCGCCACAGCCUGGCUCCGAUCGACACCAAGAUUACCCGAGGCCAUGGUCUCUCCAAGCCUCUGAUGUCCCCCGAGGGUCCCAUCCCGCCGCAGUACCAGCGGAGCACGCAUUUUGAGAACUCGUGGCUAAACCCUGCAGCAUCCGAGUACUCGCCUCCGUCCGCUCCUCACAGCGGUCCUACCACUCCCGAUUACUACUCAGUCGGGCCCUGGGCAUACGCGAACCCUUCGCCGUAUUCCCGUGCUUGGAUCCCGCCUCAGCAGUACCUCCCACAGUCGGCGCCUCGGUCGCAGCCACCAUCCUACCACCACACCCCGGCAUAUGCACUGCCAUUCGCCCAGAGUGUGUGGACAGGUCAUGGCUCAUCCUGUGGCUGCCUAUACUGCGCCAAGCAUAUGGAGCACUACAUGUGUGCCAAUCCGUUUGGCGGCAUGCAACCUAUUGUCGCUUAAUUGGUACGGCUUGCAGGCAAAGGGCUGCUGACUGCAGCGUAAAAAGUUUCUUUUGACCGUCCAUUCUUCUUUUUCUUCUUAGAUUUCUCUCGAUAUUUCGGUGAUUUCAUCUCCUUUUCUUUACUGUUCGAUGAUACCGUACUCUCUUUUAUUUCGACUUUUCUUCUGCGACGAUUACGCAUCUUUUUCUCAUUUCGCCAUCUCCGAUUUCGAAUUCCCCGCAUUUGUUGCGACAGCCGAAAAGUUUCCAUGUUCAGUUCUUUUCGCUCUUGUCGGAAAAGCAAAAACACAGAAAAAAACUUUUUUUUUUCCCCAAGCAACGACAAAACCUGUCACAUCUGCGAUGCAGCAUGCAUUAACGAUAUGGCGCAGUUUUUCUCGGCUCGAUAUGACUCCGUUGCUCAUCAUGGAAGGUUUUCGUUGAUCGUGCCACAUACCACAUUACUCCCUUUGGAUCCUGCCG